AUGAAACUCUCGAUAGUCCAGGCCGCCAUCGGCUCGGCCUCCGUAAUUCUCUCCGCCCACCCAGCUUCCGCCAACCUCGGCCACAGACACGCACACAUUGAAUAUGCCAGGAGACAUGGGCACGGGCAUGGGCACGAGCACCGCCAGGCCGACGAGAUCAUCAGCGCGCCCAAGGUCGCCGCGAGGAAAGCCUCAUGCUCGCUACCGGAUGACCCCGACCUGGUGCACGUCCCGGGAGACGUCAACAAUGGGUUCGCCAUGAGUCCGGAUGAGCCAUGCGAGGAUGGGAAGUGGUGCCCGAUCGCCUGCAGGCCGGGCAAGGUGAUGGCGCAGUGGAAGCCGGACACAGUACAGGUCUAUCCUGAAUCGAUGUAUGGCGGCGUCUAUUGCAACGGUGGGAAGAUUGAGAAGCCAUUCGAUGGCCCUUACUGCGUGGACGGCACAGGCGCGGUCAAGGCUGUGAAUAAGGCGGGAAAGAUUGUGUCCUUCUGCCAGACCGUGCUGCCGGGCAACGAGGCCAUGAUCAUCCCGACCGACGUCACAGACUCAGCGACCCUGGCUGUUCCGGGGCCGGACUACUGGCAGGGCACUUCGGCACACUACUACGUUAAUGCGCCUGGGAUAUCUGCUGCGGUCGGUUGCAUCUGGGGGUCGGUGACCAAGGCGCUCGGCAACUGGACGCCCUUCGUCGCUGGAGCCAACACCAUGGCCAACGGAGACACCUUCGUCAAGAUUGCCUGGAACCCCGAAUAUCUCAAAGUGCCCCUAGCCAAAAUCACCCCGACCUACGGUAUCAAGAUCGAGUGCCCCGACGGCGGCUGCAACGGCCUGCCCUGCGCCAUCGACCCAUCCAAAGGCGGCGUCGGCAGCCUCGAAAGCCCCGUCAGCGCCACCAGCGUCGGAGGCGACUCCUUCUGCGUCGUGACCGUAUCCAAGGGCAAGACCGCCAACAUCGUCGUCUUCAACACCGACGGAUCGCAAGGCGGCGGCGACGACGAAAGCGACAGCGACGACGACGAGCCGGAGCCGACCUCGAAAGCGCCCGAACCCCCCAAGACCACGAUCCGCCCCAAGCCGACCAGCACGCGGGUACGCACGACGCCGGCCCCGUCCCCCUCGCCGUCCAAGAAGACGACCCCGUCCUCCGCGGAGCCCACCUCGUCCGAGGCCUGGUACGGCGGCAUCUUCCAGGAGCAGGACGUGCAGGGCGACACGUCCUUCUACACGACCCCCAGCCCCACGGCCCAGCCCGUGCGCACCCCGACCCCCGACGCCGUGAAGCCGGCCGCGCCCACCUCGAGCAACGAGGGCGUUGCCGCCACCGAGGGCGGGUCUGCCAUUGCCGGCCUGGUGGUUGCCCUCGUGGCGGCCGCCGCGCUGUUCUAG